AUGCCGUCGGCAUCUCUUGAUACUAAAUUCUUGCAGCGUUGUUGUGGAAGUCAUGAAGGCGAUUCUGUCAAGCUUCUCAUGAUGCUAUCACUAGAAACAUACUUCAUUCUCUCCAUUCUGCUUGUUGAUGUCUCGGCACAGGUGUUCAAGUGCUUUUUCAACUGUAAUGCAAAAGAGAAUGAUUUUAUAAGCAAGGCUGAUUGUGUGAAAAAAUGUCCCAAAAAGGAGUUUGAGGAGUGCAGAAAACGAUGCAUGGCUAUGGAUUGGCCACGGUCAAAACUUUGUUUGGCGGUCUUCCCGCUGUCAUGUCUGUUUUGAAAUGGACCUUUCCAAUCAUGUAAUACGGUAGUAAUAAUAUUUGCUUACACUUGACUGGACAAACAUUGUAAACUGUAGCAUAAAGAUUUGAAGGAAUCUACACAGUCAAAGCUGAAUGUCUGUUUGUUGUCAGUCCGUAUGUGCCUGUUUGUAAAAAAGUAUGUCUAUGC